GAGAAGAAGAUGAGGUUCACCCGCGCAGAGAAAACCAAAUCCAUCCCUGACCACAACUCUCCUUCCAAUUUCACCAUCACCCAUUUUUCCUCCAUUGCAGAAUCGACAGUCCUUCUCAAACCCACGAAAAAUAUCUCCCAAUCCCCCUCUAAAUUCCUGAACUGCGCCCACUUUCGGUGCGUCUUCUUCAAAUUCCAUGGCGACUGCUUCAUUGCUGGAAUUCAAUCCUUUGAAAUGGAAGCAGACUUUCCCCAUCCAACAACCCAUUCGUCGCCAUUUACCCCUCCUUAAACCCUUUAAAUACACAGCACGAUUGAAUUCAAUGAUACAGGGUUGUUCCAGACUCACCGUUGAGUGCUCCCUCGCCAGCCCGAGCAGGACGUCGACCUCGACUUCCACCUCGUUGGAUGACGAAAAAACGAAGAACCCACUUGAGUUAAUCGUCGGAACAAUCUGGAAGAUUUUGGGUUCUUUGAAGAGACCUGCAAUAGCUGCUGUUCUAUUAGGUUUGUUAUUGAUGUACGAUCCAAGCUCGGCUUUGGCUGCGUCGGGCGGGAGGAUUGGGGGCGGGUCAUUUUCAUCGCGGUCGUCAUCGUCGUCAUCUAGGAGUUACUCGGUUCCUCGUACGAGCGGUGGGGCGAGUUUUUCGUACUCGGCGCCGUAUUAUGGACCGUCGCCGUUUUUCGGCGGUGGUGGCGGGAUAUACGUGGGGCCGGCGGUUGGGGUCGGGGUGGGUGCUGGGUCGAGCUUGUUUUUGAUAUUGGUGGGGUUUGCGGCGUUUGUUUUGGUUUCAGGGUUCUUGUCGGAUCGGUCGGAGAGUAGUGUUCUUACUGCUGCGGAGAAGACUAGCGUCCUCAAGCUCCAGGUUGGAUUAUUGGGUUCUGGGCGUACUCUUCAAAGGGAUCUUAACCGGAUUGCUGAAAUUGCAGAUACAUCUAGCCCAGCUGGUCUGAGCUACAUAUUAACAGAGACAACACUAGCAUUGCUCCGACACCCUGACUAUUGCAUCUCUGGUUAUUCAUUUGUAGAUGUGAAAUGGAGCAUUGAGGAUGGGGAGAAACGCUUUAAUCAACUUUCUAUUGAAGAACGGGGAAAGUUUGAUGAAGAGACUCUUGUCAAUGUGAACAACAUCAAAAGACAAAGCUCCACAAUUAAAAGAGCCAGUGGAUUUAGCAAUGAGUAUAUUGUGAUUACAAUCUUGGUGGCUGCAGAAGGGGUGCAUAAAUUACCCACUAUAAAUGGCAGUGGAGACUUAAGGGAAGCUUUGCAAAAGCUUGGUGCCAUUCCAGCAAGCAAAAUACUAGCAGUUGAAGUGCUAUGGACCCCUCAAAAUGAGAAUGACACACUGUCAGAGCGUGAACUUCUUGAAGAUUAUCCACUUUUGAGGCCUUUAUAAGAAUUUAUCUCUGGUACUUUGCCCUAAAGAUGUGAAUCGGAAAUGCAUUUGAAAUCCUUUUUGACACUUGUAUAGAUAAAGUUGCUUACGCUGUGCUAAGAUUCAGGCUGCCAUACAAUUUGCCCAAUGGUAUUAUGCUGGCCCAAGUUUGUAAAGUUAUAGGGUUUAAAAAGAACAAUUCUAUACUCGUAGACAAAGGAUUAUGUCUUUUGAGGUGUUGCUUGUGCACAUAUAUGGUAGAAGCAGUAACUAAAUGAAUGCUUUCCUUACAUUCCA